CUGUUAGGAGAAGGUGACUACGAGACCUCGUAUUUGAGCAAACUUUUACGCCUGCAUCUGCGGUACACCUGUGUUCUCGCAGCAACGGUGGACUCUCGCUCCAGAGAGUCAUUGGUUAUCUGAUCGAAAGUCCCCGUCCGGCGCGGCCUUGAUCUCGCUAAGAGCGGAUCAGAUAACUUUAUUGUGCUUAAGGAUGUCGAUCUGCUUGGUCUGCGGUGGUGGGAUGGGGGGUUGGCUUGCUGCAGAAUCACGUCAGGAACCUCGUAUUCAUGUCUGGAGGUGGGUCGAUUCGACGGCCGGGACGGACGGGCUCGCAGAGAUUUCAUCGACAGGCCAAGAUGCGUUGCUUACCUGCGUCGACAUUGAAACUUCGCAAAGGAGGAUGAUGCUUAAAGUUUGCAAGUUGAGACGAAGAUCAGUCGUCGCUGUAGCUUCUUUAUUGGGCAGAUGGGUCUCGUUUGGUUCCCUUUCCGGCAGCGGGACGCCGCCAGACGUCUGGAUCAGCGGAUUGAAUGCCACUUACGGUUCUACAUAGUUUGACGGCUACUUGCGUGUCACUGCUACAUUCUGCCAGUCUGCAAGCACCCCCAGGCCAAUAAUGGCGUCAGGGCAUCCGAUAUCGCCUCCCG